GGAUGAGGUUCUAAGUCUGUUCACGCACACAAGGCGUGAUUCAUAGCUGGCGCACCAGGGCCCGACAGAGGGCGUCGCGUCACCGAGGCGGGGGGGACGGCUGCCAGCAGCAGCGGCCCGCACCGCGCCGCCGCACUCCAUCACCGGACACAGCCGACGACGCGCGCGCAUACUUUAUCUUAGUUUUCCAACAUAUUGUACUGUCCAGUGAACCAUUAUAUGUAUUAAGUGUUACAGUCCACUUUUCAUUUAAGUACCUUUAGUUAGGUCCCCUACAUUUUGGUCACUUCGGCCUUCUACAAUUUAAAUCCGCGUAACGUAUUUCUACGAACAAAGAAAUCGUUCGCGCGGUGACAGUACGAGGCGACGUUGGUGGACUUUGAUACGAGCGACGAGUCUUCAAAAGCGCCGUGUCACUACAAGCGGCAUUCGAGAGAAGAGAAGCUUGGAGUUGGAGUCGUCUAAAUACGUAGAACGAGGAGAGGACGUCUACAAGUUCCCGAAGUCUUCACGUCGACGGUGGUCAAGUCUCGACUUAGUUGGUCGAACACGCCGGGUCAUCUACGUGCUUCGUGGGAAUCAACACAGUUCGCCUUGUGGAUAAAGAUAAGCAUAUUUGUGUAUCGUUCCAAAUUCCUUUCUUUAUAAUUUCCGUUAAAAAUUCAAAUUCAAAAAUUUCCGUUGCAACCGUUUUCAGUUCAGUUUCAAAUUUGAGCAAACAAGUGAUUAUUUAAAAGUCUAUUGGCAUUAACGUGCAUUCAUUCAGUGCUGUAUGGAAUACAUUUCUUAUCGGUUUACCGUUGAAGUUUUUUGCUAAUGAGCUAACGGUCACGAGUCACGCGCCUAUUCAUAUUGAAACAUCUGGUUGCUACAUUAGUCAUCACUUGUGCAUUUGCUUAUCGCCUUAUCUGUUAUUCUAUCGCAUUAUUUCAUAACAUCUUUUGUACUUUUUAUUUCAAACCACCUUCUUAUAAUGGCUAAUGAAGAUUUGUUAAUAAGAAAACGCAGUGCUAUUAAAGCUAAGCUUACGAAUUUUUGCAAUCAUGUUAAUGUGCUUAUGAGUUGCGAUUCAUUAUCCAGUUUGCAGCGUAUUGAGCUAGAGGGUCGCCUUCGUAAAUUUGAUGCUUUAUACGAUGACUUUGAUAAUUUGCAGUUGGAGAUCGAGGUGCUCUCGGAUAAGCCAGACGAGGCGUACGGGGAACGUGCCAAGUUUGAGGAGCGGUACCACGCGGUGGCAGCUCAGGCGCGCAGCCUGCUUAUCAGCGCUGAUGCCGGCGUUGACGGCGGGUCUGUAGCGGGCUCAGCGGAUAAAAACACAGGUGCAUCGUUCCGUCAUAAUUUUGUACGCUUACCUAAAAUUAAUUUGCCUACUUUCGAUGGUAGUUAUCAAUGUUGGCUCGAGUAUAGAGAUACAUAUCUGUCACUUAUUCACAGUAGUAGUGCUAUCGAUGAUAUUAGCAAAUUUCAUUAUUUGCGCGCUUCGCUUACGGGAGAUGCUCAGCAAGUGAUAAAAAAUAUAGAUUUUAAGAGCGAGCAUUAUCAAUUAGCGUGGAAUCUAUUAUGUGAGCGAUAUGAUAAUAGCAGGCUUCUAGUUAAAAACCAUGUGCAAACUUUGUUUAAUACUCCGGCAAUUCUUAAAGAAUCUUGUGUAGCCUUACGUCAAUUUGUUGAUAAUAUCAAUAAGCAAAUUAGAGCUUUAAAAUCACUGAACGAGCCCACUGACCAGUGGAGUACACUGGUGGUGAUUAUGAUGAGUAGCAGACUGGAUAAGGUCACUAACAGAGACUGGGAAGAGUAUAGCAAUACCUUACCCAAAUUUCCAACAUUGUCAGAAUUUUGUUCGUUUGUUAGUAAAAGGGCUGAUUUAUUAGAGACAGUAGAACAUAGCAAAUCAACAAAUAAGGAAGAUAGUAGUACAAACAGUUACACAGUAAAUACUAAUAAUUCUAAAAAAAACUAUAAUAUAACAAAACCUAAACCUAAUACUAAUAAGGAAUUUAAUAAUUGUCCGUUGUGCAAAAAUAAUCAUUUCAUGUUUGUGUGUGAUGAUUUUCGUAAGUUGUCAGUAGAAAACCGUUUAGCAAAGGUGAAGGAGCUUAAUGUGUGCUUUAAUUGUUUACGUCCAGGGCAUUCAAGUAAACGUUGCAAAUUGUCACACUGUAAAUAUUGUAAUCGUAAGCAUAACACGCUUUUACACGUAGAGCAGUCUAAUUCAACUGUACAAGACCCAAUGCCUAGUAGUGUAGCUCUGCCUAGUUUACUGACUGAUGACGUUUCUGGUGGUGCACAGUUACAAAACGGCACAUCUGAAAGCGUUGUUAUGUCAAGCGACACUGCAGCUACUACUCGUUCUGUUUUGCUUUCCACAGCUCUGGUGACAGUGGUCAGCACCCGAGGUGAGAAGUUCGACGCCAGGAUCCUGCUGGAUAACGGUAGCACAGCUAAUUUUAUCACUGAAACACUGUGUCACAAGCUGGGAUUGCCUAGACGUAACGUUAACUCCACGAUAUCAGGUGAGUCGUACGAGAUGGCUAAGCGGCGAUUUCUAUCACUGGAGCGUCGUUUUCUUCGUGAUCCAAGUUUCAAGGAGCGUUAUGUUGCCUUCAUGGAGGAGUAUGAGCGUCUUGGACACAUGACAGAAAAUACAACGUCUAGGAAGCCACAUUCAGGUGACGGUAUUGAAUAUUUUUUGCCUCAUCAUGGGGUCAUCAGAGAAUCCAGCUCGACCACGAAACUACGGGCAGUCUUUGAUGCUUCAGCGGCAACCACGUCUGGUGUGUCGUUCAAUCAAAUCCAGAUGGUUGGCCCGACUAUCCAAGAAGAUCUUCUGUCAAUUCUACUAAGAUUUAGGCAAUAUAAGUACGUUAUAUCAGGAGAUAUAGCUAGAAUGUAUCGUGCUGUUGCUGUAACACCGUCGCAACGUCCAUUGCAACAAAUCAUCUUCAGGACUGAUCCUAAGUUACCGUUAAAGACUUAUUGUCUAAAUACUGUUACCUAUGGCACAGCUUCUGCUCCGUACUUAGCAACAAAGUGUUUAGUGAGUUUGGCUAAUGUUGCUACAAGUCCUACCGUCAAGUCUUCAAUUGAGCGUGAUUUUUACAUCGAUGACUAUCUUUCAGGCGGUAAUUCAGUUUCAGGCGUAGUAGAAAUGGUCAAGGAAGUUAUUUCUGUGUUAGCGUCAGCGAAUUUUCACAUACGAAAAUGGCAAUCCAAUAGUUCCUCAAUUUUAGACCAGGUUUGCGAUAGCUCAACAGUUGUGGAUUGUCUAAGACUGUCUGAAGAUAAGAACGCGUCAUCAAAAACAUUAGGUUUACGCUGGAUGUGUGAGGCAGAUUAUUUGGCAUUUUCUAUUUCUAUUGAUGAUAAGAAACAAGUUUCUAAACGCCAAAUUUUGUCAGUCAUCAGUCAAAUAUUUGACCCAUUAGGCUUGGUUGGUCCAUGUGUAGUCGAGGCUAAGAUUGUCAUGCAGAAGCUGUGGUUGGAUAAGUGUGACUGGGAUGAGCAGGUGCCAGAGUCUAUAUACCAUUUUUGGAGUAAUUUUGUUAACACUCUUCCAUGUUUAAACAAUCUACGCAUUCCAAGAUGGGUUGUGUGUGACAAUGCUAUAUUGCAUGAAAUUCAUGUUUUUACAGAUGCCUCUGAGAGAGCCUUUGGUUGUUGCGUAUAUCUUCGGUCGGUGAAUAUGGAAGGUGCAGUCAAGGUACAACUUCUUGCAUCGAAGAAUCGCGUAGCACCAAUAAAGCCUACUACCAUUCCACGUCUCGAGCUUUGUGGGGCGUUGCUAGGCGCUAGACUGUGUGCUAAGGUACAAAGUUCAAUUACUUUACCUAUUACUAGAUGCCAAUUUUGGUGCGAUUCAACAAUAGUGUUGAGUUGGCUAGCUAUGUCACCGAACGUAUUGAAACCUUUCGUACGCAAUCGCGUUAACGAGAUACAGGAGAGUACUGCAGGUCAUACGUGGAGUUACGUGCCGUCUAGAGUCAAUCCGGCAGAUCUUGUUUCUCGUGGGCUGAAGGCUGACCUUAUCAGCGAGUGUUCUUUAUGGUGGUCAGGUCCAGAGUUCUUGUUAAAUGAUGAAACACACUGGCCAGCUAUGCCCAACAAAACUAUGAAACAGGAUCUACCAGAAGUAAUUACAUCUAACUUCACAGAUCACUCGUUUCUUACAGACACACAAAAACACGCACAACACACAAACACAAAUACAUCAAUAAUUCAUACAUUAUUACAUAAAUAUUCUAACAUAAAUCGUCUACAAAGAGUGGUGGCCUACAUAUUAAGAUUUUAUAAUAAUGUAAAGAACAAAAUCAAGGAUAAAAAUCCAUUAUCAAUUAAAGAACUUCAAGAUUCUUUAAAUUUCAUUUUAAGACAAGCUCAAAUGGAGAUGUUUUCCAAAGAAUAUGACAUUCUUAAAGCUGGUAAGACUUUGCCUCGCAAAAAUAGAUUGAUUUGUUUGAGUCCUUUUGUUGACGAAGAUGGUCUUAUCCGUGUAGGCGGGAGACUUGAUAAUUCGCCUUAUGACUAUAAUAUCAAGCAUCCAAUUUUACUAUGUUGCAAACAUCAUAUCACUAAAUUAAUUUUCCACAAAUAUCAUUACGAUUUAUUACACGCUGGCCCUCAAUUGUUGAUCGCAAGUAUACGGCAAAUGUAUUGGCCACUUGGAGGCAGAAAUCUGUCUAAGUCAGUUGUAAAACACUGCAUUAAAUGUUUUAAGUUCAAGUGUCAAAAUGUUCAACCUGUAAUGGGACAAUUGCCUGUUAAUAGAACUCAAUUGGAAUUCCCAUUUUUAAAUUCCAGUGUCGACUAUGCUGGGCCAAUAUUGAUAGCAGAUCGAAAGGGGCGAGGGUGUAAACUUGUAAAGGCGUACCUAUGCAUCUUUGUUUGUCUUGCAGUGAAAGCUGUCCAUAUCGAGCUCGUUACAGACCUUACUAAGGAGGGCUAUAUGGCUGCUUUAAACCGUUUUGUUGCUCGUCGUGGCAAACCCAAGAGCAUCUUGUCUGACAAUGGCACCAAUUUUGUAGGCACUUGUAAUGAGUUGCAACAAUUAUUAAAACAAUCAAAUAUAUCGUAUGAAGUUGCACAAAGGGGUAUUGAAUUUACUUUUGCCCCUCCAUAUUCUCCACAUUUCAACGGCAUUGCUGAAGCUGCCGUUCGCUCAACUAAACACCACCUGAAAAGACUAUUACAGUUAACACACUUCACAUAUGAAGAAAUGGUCACUUGUUUAACUCAAAUAGAAGCUGUUCUUAAUUCACGUCCUCUCACCCCUCUUUCCUCUGAUCCGUUAGAUUUUACUGUCCUUACUCCUUCACAUUUUUUGAUUGGACGAUCACUAAUGGCUGUUCCGCAUCCACAGGUGUCUGAUGUAAACAUCGGCCGCUUGGAGCGCUAUCACAGAGUGGAGCAUAUUAAGCAGCAUUUCUGGAAACGAUUCCAUUUAGAAUAUAUCUCUCUGCUGCAGCAAAAAACUAAGUGGACGUCAUCUACAGGACAACUGGCAGAGGGAACGUUAGUUCUCAUCAAGGAGAGAGGACAACCGCCAAUGUUGUGGCCACUGGGACGUGUCACGAAGGUGUUCCCGGGGAGCGACGGGAUAACGCGUGUGGCUGAGUUGAAGACGCGUAAGGGAACAAUUCUACGUUCCUUUAAUAAUAUUUGUCCACUUCCACUAGAUUGAAUGCUUCAACCCGGGGAGGAUGUUCACGCACACAAGGCGUGAUUCAUAGCUGGCGCACCAGGGCCCGACAGAGGGCGUCGCGUCACCGAGGCGGGGGGGACGGCUGCCAGCAGCAGCGGCCCGCACCGCGCCGCCGCACUCCAUCACCGGACACAGCCGACGACGCGCGCGCAUACUUUAUCUUAGUUUUCCAACAUAUUGUACUGUCCAGUGAACCAUUAUAUGUAUUAAGUGUUA